CCUUCCUGUGGUCUCCUUCCCGGUCUGGGCUGCUAGAAGCUGUAUUAGCUUCUAAAUGCUGCUGUAACAAAUCACCAUAAACUUAGCAGUUGAAAUAAUGCAAAUGUAUUGCCUUACAGUUCUGUAGACUGGAGUCUGAAGUGAGCAUGGAGGUCUCUGUUGACCAGGAGUUCUCCCCAGACCUCAAUGACAACACUUCCACAGCCUAUAAGGAUUUCAGUGACACCUUCUGGGAUCAGGAGUGGCAGCAUUGUGGUGAGCUACUUGGUCCCGCUGGAGUUGCCCUUUAGCCUCCAGCUGGAGAGCGAGCAUGUGAAGGUAAAGACAGUGCUGAAGGAGAAGCUCCAGAAUGUCAGCCAUAACGGGGACAGCUGCCAGCAUACCUGGACCCUGUGUUUUAAGCCUGACUCCAUCAAGGCGAACAAUAACACCAGGAAGGAGCUGACCGUGGAAGAUAAGGAUGGGCAAAGGGCUGCGUGGCCCCGGAGGCCAUGACCCUCCCACCAGGAACAUCUGCCUCUUGAAAUUCCCUGGAAAGGAGGAGGAGACCUUUCAGGGAGGUGAGUGAUGUGGCCCCAGGCAGGGCUGCCCUUCCUGGCCUUUGUUAGGAGCUUCCCCUGCUGGAGGACCAGCAGGGAAGGUGGGGAGAGGGUGGGGGGUCUUGGGGGCCUGCCCUCCCCUCAUCUAAUCCUAGGAUCUACUCCACGACACCUUGCCCUUGGAAAAGCUGUUUCCCCCAUUUUCGGAGCCAUUUAUGACCAGGCCCCUGAGUAGAGUGGAUGAGGUUCCUGUUUUUCUGCAACCCUUUACCCAACCCAGCCAUCUGUCGCCACGCCACUGCCAAAGGCUAUGGCGAUUUCUACUUCCCCUUGGUGGAGGAGAACCGCCUUGGCUGGGUCACCCAAUGCACUUCGGGCGCCGUCGACUGUCAGCGCGUCCAGUGCCUCGUGGAAAAGAGCGGUCCUGCCGGCGGGUGAGACUCUGCGCACGCGCAGGAGAAGCCCCGCCCACAACCCGCCAGGCCUUCCCGCUGGGCGGUCCCUCGUGGCCCCGCCCACCGCGGCCCACGUCGGCCCACGUCGGCUCACGUGGGCACACGUCGGCGCACGUCGGCGUACGUCGAUGCGAGCGGACCCGGGGCGGAAGGUGUGAGGGUCUGUGACUUGUGACCUCCUGCUCCAGCUGCUUCUCCACGGACACUCUCUGGCUCUCGCGCCCGCGCUGCCAGGUGGCCGUCGCUUGGAGGGCGCUGGUCGGGCGCCUGGUGGGGGACUUAGCUCGGCUGCCGCUGCUGCUGGCGUCCCUGGGCCUCUUCGUCGUCGCGCGCUCCCGCUCGCGGAGAGAUGGCCAAGCUGGAGGCCGAUGGGCACCGUAGAGGUGCGGGGAAGCGCGGCAACGGGGUCCCAGCUGGGGCGGCCGUGCUCGGACGGUGCGGUGCGUUGCCCCGACUCAGGUCCUGCGACGACAGAAAUGGUUCGGGAUCUGGGAUGAGGACACUAUGGGGACUUUUUCAAACUUGGGCUCGGAGGACGACCGUGGACAGGUGAGUCCUGCCUCCUGGGGAAGGGGGCGGGGGCUUUCCUGGGCACCACCGGAGCCUGGGAAGGACCCAGCGUCCUCCCUUGCCCAGGGCAGACACAUACCUUGCGUACCUCGUGUGGGGAAGCUUGAGUCUCCGCUUCCGUGGGCACCUCCUGAGAAAGGUGAAGGUCCUGCGCCGGCCAUUCCUGUAGGGCAGACACUGGGGCACAGGAGCCCCCAUGCCAGGCCUUGCCUUCCCCACCUUUCCCGCCCUUCGGAAUCUCUCUUUCCACCUGUUGUCUCCUCCCCUCCUCUUUUCCCCUCUCUCUCUAGUCAAGGGUGAACACGUCCAGGUGGCCUUGGAGAAUGUGGACACCAGUGUUAGGGUGAGGGGGCAAAGGGGGAGGGUAAGGAACUCUCCCGAAUCCAGGUCCUGAUGCCCUCUCUCCACCCGCUAGGGCAGGGGGCUGGGCUAGGACCAGGAGGCAGCGACCUUCCAGCCAGCCUGGGCCGGGUGGCUGUGGGUUCUCACUCCCUCUUUGACACACACACUCUGUGGCAGGUGCAUAUCCAGAGACCCGAGGUUGGCCUUGCUGUGAGCCCUGCCCUUCCCCCACCAGCCUGCCCCAGACCGUGGGAAGAAACCCUCUGAACCGCAUCCAUUUCAGGGAAUGGCUCGAGGACUUGGGCAGCUCUCUCUCCUGGUUUCCUGGAGCAAACUCAGACCACCUGCCCGACCCUCUGGGUGAAACUUCACCAGUUUCAGACACCAGUUUCAACCAAUUCAAAUCCAGGCUCUUGCACUGUGGGAAUCUGGCCAAGUCAAUAACUUCUCUGAACCCUGUACGAUGAGUAGAGCAUACUAGUCCCGAUACCUUGUGUGGUUGCUGUGAAACCCAGACACUGUCUGUCAGACCUCUGUCCCCGUGCACCUUCCUGUGCCAGCCUUUGUGCUUAUGUGGUCUCUCGCAGAUCCCCGUCUCUACUUCCUUUGGGGGGUCUCGGACCUCAGUCCCUGGUCUCCUGUGCUCAUCCUGACACCCAUCCCCCACCUGCCCUGUAACCAUCCUCCUGCCUGCUCCUUAUGUAACUCCUUGCUGCAUCCUUGCUCCCACUAUUAAAUCUCCCCCCAUAAGCAGUGUCUUUUUUUUUUUUUUUAAGAUUUUAUUUAUUUAUUUGACAGACAGAGAUCACAAGUAGGCAGAGAGGCAGGCAGAGAGAGAGGAGGAAGCAGGCUCCCCGCUGAGCAGAGAACCCGAUGUCGGGCUCGAUCCCAGGACUCCAGGAUCAUGACCUGAGCCGAAGGCAGAGGCUUUAACCCACUGAGCCACCCAGGCGCCCCCAUAAGGAGCUUCUUCUUCUUCUU